AUGGGAAACAUCGACUUGGCAAAUGAUGAGAGUAAUGAAGGUAUAGUGCCUGUGUUGAAGAUUAGUUAUUAUGAUCUUCCAUUCCAACAGAAACGUUGCUUUAGUUACUGUGCGAUCUUUCCCAAGGAUUAUGAGAUUAUCAAAGAGGAUUUGAUUCUACUUUGGAUGGCACAGGGCUUCAUUCAGUCAAAUGGACAGAGUCUUGAAGAGGUGGGCGAGAAAUAUUUCAUGAAUUUACUUCAUAGGUGCUUCUUCCAAGAUAUAAAAUGUGUUGAUGACGGUGAAAUUAUAUCAUGCAAAAUGCAUGAUCUGAUUCAUGAUGUUGCUAAAAGUGUAGUAGCAACUGAAAUGAUGUUGGUUACAAACAACACAAGCAAUUUGAAUGCAGAAGUUUACCAUGUAUUUUUAGAGAGUGAAGACGCUAUCAUGUUUCCUGUGCAGAUGAAAAGGAUGCGUACACUGCUAAGAAAGCCUCGUCAAAUGUAUGGUGUUCGUAGUAAAAUUGAGAUUCCAAAGGUGGAAAGUUUGAGGGUACUAUCCUGGCCUGAAAAUGGUAUUCAAAAUGUGCCAAAUAUGAUCUGUGAAUUGAUACAUCUAAGAUAUCUUGAUCUCUCUGAUAAUCCUUUUCGCUUGCUUCCUUCAUCCAUUACAAACCUUUUUAAUUUGCAAACAUUGAAGUUACGUCAUUGUUCUGCUCUUGAAAAAUUGCCAGAUGAAUUGGGGAAAUUAGUAAACCUGAGGGUUCUUGAUUUAUAUGGUUGUUACAAGUUGAGAUACAUGCCUCCAGGGAUGAGGAGCAUGACAUAUUUACAUAAGUUGACAUAUUUCGUAUUAGGUAACCCUGCAUAUGAUGGUACUAAGGCACUUGAAGACUUAAAAUGUCUAAAAUCUCUCACAGGGACCUUGCUAUUCAACAUACACAGUGAUUGGACGUGUGAUAUAGCAAAAGUUAGAAAAGGGGGAUAUUUAUCAGAAUUGGAACAACUCAAGGAGAUCGUUAUGCAGUUCGGAUAUAAUCUAGAGGAUUACAAGGCACAAGCAUUCUUGGAUGGCCUGCAACCCAACCAUAAUCUUCGGAAGGUUUAUUUGGCUGGUUGUCCUGGAGUAAGGUUGCCAAGUUGGUGGGGGAGGGGUGCCUUGUCAAAGAAUCCCAAGUCUUGUCUGCCAGAACUCGUUCAAAUACAUCUUUAUGAAUGUGGCGUGUUUGAGUUAUUUCCAUCGAUGAGUCAAUUACCCAAAUUAAGAGUUCUUCUCCUUGAGCAUGUUUCGGGUUUAGAGUACAUAGAGAGUAACAAAAACGGAGACAUGGGUCCUACGGAGUUAGGGGGUUCACCACCAGGAGAAGCACAUGAGAAGUUGCUUAAAAGUCUACAAAUAUAUUAUUGUAACCAGCUAGCUAGUCUUCCUCUUUGUCCUCAAGGAGGAUCAUUUCACAUUUGUGCCAUUGACUCUCUGGCAUUUCGGAAAUCCCUAACAUAUAGCCGACGAUAUAAAAUUUCAAAAGAUUAUAGGGUGGAGAUAAAUAGUGUAAAUGUGGAAUAUAUUAUUAACUCUCUGCCCACAGAUAUCUUUGAGCAUCUUUCUCACUUGGAUAUCAGUCAUUGGAACGAGAUAAAGAGAUUAAAACCAGUGGAAUUGUCAGAGUUGUUUCAGAGUGGCCGCGUGUCCUCCCUUCUAUCUCUUACAAUAUUUAAAUGCAAGGAACUGAGGAGUCUAUCAGCAUUAGAAGAAAUGUGGAGGCAUCUUACUGCCUUAGAGACUCUAAUAAUUGAAUACACUGCAACCUUAAAGUUGGAGUGGGAGGAAGAUGGUGAUUGUUAUAGCGACAGCAAGGAACACAAAAGUGCAAAGGCAGUGAUGAGGGAGGAAGAUAAUUAUGACUCAGUCAUCACUAGCUUUGAUAUGCCAUGGAUAUUCCUUGCUCCCACACUCCGUUCCUUAACAUUAGUAAGCUUACCAAAGCUGGUGAGGCUGCCGAGAGGGAUGCAUUGGUUGACUUCCCUCCAUUCUCUGGAAAUCAAAUUUUGCAACAAUUUGGAAGAACUACCGGCUUGGAUAGGUUGUUUCACGUCUCUCCAAUCUCUACAUGUUGAGAAUUGCGGAAAACUGAAAUCGGUACCACAAGAAAUGUGCCAGCUCGCCUCUUUAGAACGACUUUCAUUAUAUUAUAACUCGGAUGAAUUGCGGGUUAGGUGUCAGAAGCCAAGCGGUGCUGACUGGCCAAAAAUUCAACACAUCCCCUUCAUUGAAGUUGUUUAA